CGGACAACCUCGGGCUGCUGAACAAGCAAACACACACACACACACACACCUGUGUAACAGGUUUCUGUCAGGUGGAGUCCUCGCUCGCCCCGCGGCUGGAAAAUGUUAACUGACAUGAUUUUGGAGGAAGAGUUUGACAAGAAUGGAGAGCCUUGGUACGACCCGCAGGACCUGGAACACGAUCUCCAUUUGGCAGCAGAGCUCGGAAAAACCCUCCUCGACAGGAACCACGAGCUGGAGCAGGCCCUACAGCAGAUGUACUCCACCAACCAGGAGCAGCUGCAGGAGAUAGAGUACUUGUCCAAGCAGGUGGACCUGCUGCGCCAGAUGAACGACCAGCAUGCCAAAGUGUAUGAGCAGCUGGACAUGGCUGCCAGGGAUCUGGAGCAAGGCAACCAGAAACUUGUACAGGACAACCGCCUGGCCCAGCAGAAGAUCCAUAGUCUAACUGAGGCCAUUGAAGGCCUUCAGACCUACAUGGAGGACCUGCAGACUCAGGUGGAGGAGCUGAAGGCUGCCCAGGCAGAGCGAAGCGUGAGAGAUCUGGCAGAGCAGCGACGCAGCCUCGGAGCACAGAGUGUGUCCUGUCUCAAAGAGCUGUAUGACUUACACCAGGACAGGCAUCUGGCCCACGAUAGUCUGCGCAUGGAUGGACUCUGGUCACCGCGGGGCUCUUUUUCUGGCCGAGACGGACACCAAGACCCAGAGGCAGAGAACCAGGCUCUCCAGCGCACCGUCCAGACCCUACAGAGCCAGAUAGCUAUGGAGAGGAGCCGCAGGGAGGCAGCAGAGCAGGAGAGUGAGUUGACAGUCAUGGAGAACAGAGGCCUGGAGCAGCGGCUGGCCCUGCUGGACGGCUGCCGGGCCAGGCAGAAGGAGCUGGAGGCCGAGGUGGAGCAACUGCGGCUUCUGUGGCGUGCUGACUGUGCCAACAGUGUCAGAAAACCGGACCAGCUGCUGUUGCCGGAUACAGUAUUCUUCGCCUCAGAAGAAAGAUCCAGCUCCGGGCAAGAGGAGAUGGAGGAGAAGGCAGAAAAGGAUGAGGAGCAGAAAAGAUACAGCCGGCAGAGGUGUAAUAGUGACAGUGUUUUGAGAGCGACGAACCCAGAUGAGAUUCGGCGUGGUCAUGAGCAGUUGUGUAUAAGGCGAGCGGAGGCUGUGAAACAGAGGGGCAUCUCUCUGCUCAACGAGGUGGAUGCACAGUACAGCGCACUGCAGGUGAAAUAUGACGAGCUGCUGCGGCGGUGCCAGCAGGCGACAGACGACCUCAGCCAUAAAGCCGUCCAGACCUCCAGCAGUCCGUUUGCGAGCAGCCGGACCCGCCGCCGCCUGUCCAGCUCAGCUGCACUGUCUGACCUGACGAUGGUUCUGGAAGAAGGCCAGCAGCCCGAGUACAAGGCUCUCUUCAACGAGAUCUUCUCCUGCAUCCAAAAGACCAAAGAGGACCUCAGCGAGAACAGGCGUCCAGUCAAGGACAGCGAUUCCCGGGACUCUGCCAAAUGAUUGCAUCGUUCAUGAUCCUGGGACGUUUUUGAUUGUCACCGACAGGAGAAACUUGCUGCUUUGCUAUGCCCAGAGGGUACAGCUGCAAUUAGUACUCACUCCCUGUCUGACACAUGCUACAAUCCUCUUAUCUCCUGUCAUGUAGACACAUCUAUGCUUUUUGUUAGUCAGCACUGUUUCUUUUAUUCCGUCCUUAUCAAAAAAAUGCAGUGUUAUAAAACUUGUUAUAUAAUGCAGCUUUAUCAUAUGAGAAUGCGUUCCAAAGUUCAACAGCAAAUCGACAAAAAACUACAGAUGGUGCAGCGUUGUUGUUUGAGGAGAUAUUUAUAGUGAGAUAAAUUUACACCAAAUCAGAUCAAAUCGUCAUAUAAUGAAAGUACAUUUCAGUGGGUAGCUUGGCCUCUAGAUCUACAAGUCUUAUGCCCACUUCCAACAGUAUUCAGUGUUUAUAUAAUGUUCGGAGAGAAAUGCUCAUGUUGAAUAUUUGAGAUAUAGCUGUUAUGUAUGACUUGUGUAAACAGACAUGAUGGAAUGUUGUAAUAGGAUGAAAAACUGCAGGAAUGACUAAAGACUCAGGAGUUUAUGAUAAUUAGCUUAACAGCUAGUGUGAGUUGGUUUUUGCACGUUGGCAGUAGUUGGUUCACCAGUUUGGGGUCACUGGCAUGUCACCAGAGAAAUAUCAGUGGACACUGGAAAACUGUUCUUUAAGAUCUGUGCUUUCUGUUUUCAUGUCUGUGCACAGCGUCUGAGUGUCUGCACUUUUUUUCACUGAAUCACAUUAUUUUAUUUAUUGUUUUUGUUUAUUUUUGUAAGCUUAUAGAAAAAUCCUUUAUAUUUAUUUUCUUUGUUGCUAAAAAUGCAGAACAGAUUGGUCAGAUGAAUUUACACUGAGGUGCUUAUUUUGUGUUUGUGAAUGUUCUGUCUGACACAGGUGAUUUGAAAAAAAAAUGUAAAUGGAAAGCACAAAAGAAAUGUUCCCUAAUUUAUACACAUUUUCCUUUGCCUCAAUUUGUUGGAAUAUUUCAUCUGUCUUGGACAUUUCUGGCUCUUAAUAUGCAGCAGAAAUUGUGUUGACCUGGUUAGCAUAAACAGAAAGUCAACAAUAGCAGUUUGUUUCUACAACCCCUUCAAUCUAAAUUAACAUGGUUGAGAACUUAUUAUGGGAACUCUCAGUCAUAUACAAAAAAAAUCAAAUGUUCAGGUUCUAAACUGUUAUUGGUUAAACUUUUGUAACCUGAGACACCUGCACAUCUGUGUUUAAAAUAGUGUCAUGAGGUUGUUGUUCUACUUUCACUCUCCAUCAUAAGAAAUAAGAGGCUUAAUGGACAAUUCUGAUGUACUAAACUACAGUACAGUAGAGGCAUUUAGCAAUGUGCUGUUGUGAAGCUGUGAAACUUAUACUGCUGCAGAAGGCAUCGCUGUAUGAUCAUAGGUGUCCACCAUGAAGACUAACAUGUUUUUCGU